AUGGCGAACGCAGCUGCCAACCUCAUCGAAAGGCAUCUGGGCGAGUACCCUGAGGGUACAGCCGCCAAUGCUGGUAUUAGCAACUACGGCAUCCAACAUGAAUUCGCUGACCCAUCGGGCGCGAAAAUGAAAGCCGUAGUAUGGGAAGGAAGAAACACGGUGAAAGUUGUCGAGACCGCAAAACCAAGGAUUAUCGAAAACCACGAUGCUAUUGUUAAGGUUACGGGGACAACAAUCUGUGGGAGUGAUUUACAUCUUUAUCACGGAGCGGUGAUUGAGAUGCAAAAGGGUGAUAUCCUAGGACACGAAUACAUGGGCAUUGUCGAGACCGUCGGGCCAUCCGUCAAAAAUAUUAAACCCGGCGACCGCGUCGUUGCUUCCUUCCAAAUCAGCUGUGGCACCUGUCGUUUCUGCGUUCAAAGACUCUCCUCCCAAUGCGAACGUACCAAUAACUCUUCAGUCGCCAAUGCCAUGUAUGGCCACCGGACUGCUGGAGUAUUGGGGUAUAGUCAUUUCGCAGGUGGAUAUGCCGGCGCGCAGGCAGAGUAUGUAAGGGCACCGUUUGCGGAUGUCAAUUUACUGGUAUUGCCUGAUAAUGUUACAGAUGAGAGGGCUUUGUUUUUGAGUGAUGUUAUUCCGACCUCGUAUAACUGUGUUCAGGAUACGGGCAUUUAUGAGGGGGAUACUGUUGGAAUAUGGGGUAUGGGCCCAAUCGGUCUGUUCGCCGCGAAAUGGGCGUUUGUCAAAGGUGCCAAACGAGUCAUCGCCAUAGAUUCCGUCGCCUGGCGUCUUGAAUAUGCCAAAUCCAAGAUACCGCAAAUUGAAACCAUUGACUUUUCAAAAGUUAAAUCUGUACCCGAAGAAAUCAACAAGAUUGCGCCAGGAGGUCUUGACGUCGCUUUAGAGUGCGCGGCUGGAGAAUAUCCGAAAUCAAUUCUUCACAAAAUCGAGACCGCAAUUGGUUUAGAGACUGAUUCUUCAGAUACGUUGAAUGAGAUGAUAUUGAGCGUUCGACCUUAUGGAAGAAUUGGGAUUACGGGAUUGUACACCGGCUACACCAACCAUCUAAACAUCGGAGCUAUUAUGCAGACUGGUAUUCGACUGAUUGGAAACGGGCAAGCUCCAGUAUUAAAAUAUUGGGAGGAUAUCCUCAAUAACUACAUCAUCCCAGAGAAAAUCGAUCCCAAUAUCAUGAUUUCGCAUAGAAUCCCACUCGAAGAGAUGGAAGAUCUAUAUGCGAAGUUUGAUAAACGGGACCCGAAGGAUGGCCUGAUGAAAGUUUUUGUUGCGACAAAAUUUAGCAAUCCUCCCGGCGAGGGUUCACCUCAGCUCUCAAGUUUAAAAGAUUAG